UUGCACAUAACCAUAGACUACAUACUUAGCUACUAGACGACUUCGAUUUACUCGUAAUCUCUAUUACUUCACCUACACAUGUCCGCACGAGCAGAUAGACAUAGUAUAUCUGACGAAGAGUCAAAACGACCUUUGUCCACCGAUGUCGAAAAACUCCUGGCUAGCUUGCCAGAUCCCGACGUGGGCAAGUCACAGGAGGAGAAGACAGCAAUUGACAGGAAACUGGUUAGAAAACUAGAUAUCCAACUUGUACCAUGGCUGUCUUUACUGUACCUACUGUCCUUUCUGGACAGAACCAACAUUGGAAAUGCCAGACUGGCUGGCAUGGAGGAGGGUCUCGGCAUGCACGGGACUGAUUACAACAUGACGCUGACCGUCUUCUUCAUCGCCUACGCCGUGUGCGAGCCUCUCACCAACGCCCUCCUCAAGCGUCUCACCCCGCGCAUCUUCUUCACAGCCAUUAUUCUCACCUGGGGCACCAUAAUGACCCUGACGGGGCUGUGCACCAACUACGCUGGUCUUCUCGUUGCUCGAUUCUUCCUGGGUGCUGCUGAGGCAGGCCUAUUUCCCGGCGUCAACUUCUACCUCUCGUGCUGGUACACCGGCCACGAAAUCGGUCUCCGAAGCGCCAUGUUCUUCUCAGCAGCUGCACUCGCAGGCUCUUUCGGGGGCUUAUUGGCUGCUGCCAUCGCACUCAUGGACGGCGUCGCGGGGUUGGCCGGAUGGGCAUGGAUUUUCAUCUUGGAAGGUCUCGCGACCGUGUUGGCUGGUGCCUUUUGCUGGUGGAUGGUCUACGACUGGCCCGACACGGCCGGGUUCCUGACUCCCGACGAGCGAAUCCGCGUGCAACGCCGUAUCAUCCUCAGCAAGCAGAACAACACCGCUGAGGGCUUCGACAAGCGCCACAUCUACGAGGCCAUCAAGGAUUGGAAGACGUAUGGGUACAUGGUCAUCUACAUGGGUUGUCUCACACCACUCUACGCCUUCUCGCUGUUCCUGCCCACCAUCGUCGCCGGGAUGGGCUACAACGGCACAAUGGCACAACUCCUGACCGUCCCGCCCUACGCCUGCGGCGCCGUCGUCACUGUCAUCGCCGGCUUCUUCAGUGACUACACCAUGAUGCGCGGCUGGACUAACAUCAGCACCACGGCCAUCGGCGCCCUGGGCUUCGUUAUGCUGCUCGCGACCGAAAACCCCAAAGUGCAAUAUGCGGGCACUUUCCUAGGCGCCGUGGGCAUCUACCCAAGCGUGUCCAAUACUUUAUCGUGGGCGACCAACAACACCGAAGGCGCGCUCAAGCGCGCCUUCGCCCACGGCAUGAUUGCCGGUUGGGGCAACCUCAACGGCGUCGUCUCGUCCAACAUCUACAUUACGAGUCAGAAGCCCCGGUAUUGGACAGGCCACGCCGUCGUCCUGUCGUACCAGGUUUUGUUCCUGCUCGGUGGAUCGCUGUUCAUGCAUUUUGGUCUCAAGAGGGAGAAUAAUAAGAGAAGGACAGGCAAGCGUGAUAAUAUGCUUGAGGGGCUUACGGAGGAGGAGAAGCUUAUUAAGGGGGAUAAUCGGCCGGAUUUCCUUUAUACGCUGUGAAGUGUGAGGGAGUUUGGGGUCCGAGAAACCUUUAGGCGGGAUCCUCUGUUUGUAUUUGGUGGUGUUGAUACCCCUUUUGAUUAAUUGUUCUUUGGCGAUAAACUUGGAUGAAUGAGAACGGGUUUUAGAUGGGACGGGUUAUGACAGUAGGACGCUUAUCGAGACGCGCUAUAUGCACCCCGAUAAUAUUCUAGAACUUGGAUCAGAUGGAAGAGGUGGAAAAGAAGCAUGGGGCCAACAAAUCAGAUGGCAGAAGACGAUGUUGUAAAUAUAGCUGCUGCAUCCACUAUCUACUUGCUCGUUUUCACCUGGGUCGAUGCUAUUUAAGCCACUUGAUUAACGUAGUCCACGGUCCAAUUGCACACACGGUCCAAUUGCAUACUUUGGCAGACCUUAUACGACAAUGUAUAAGUUAAUUCAACC